AUGGCUGCUUUGGAGAAAAGCAAUGACGGAAUUGUUAGGAGACAAUUAUGGCAUCACUUAAAAGAUGUGAAUUCUUCUAUUUGUCAUUACUCUUGGAUAAUUGGAGGUGAUUUUAAUACCUUUUUGCAUUCUCAUGAAAGUUCUGACCAUGACUAUCUUGGUCAUUAUCUUACCUCUUAUAUGAAUGAUUUCCAAGAUCAUACUCAAGAGUUAGAACUUCUUGAUCACCCUUUCUUUGGUCUUAUUUUCACUUGGAGUAACAAGCAGACAUAUCUUUUUCUUGCAAGGAAGCUUGAUAGGGUUCCAAUUAAUUCUUACUGGGCUACUUCAUUUCCUCUCUCUUUUUUGGAAUUCCUUGCUCCUGGUAUCUCUGAUCACUGUAUGGCUAUUGUUAACCUUGCAAAAGAGUCUCCUAUUAAUAGACUAAAACCUUUCAAAUUUUUUAAUUUCUGGUAUGCUCAUCCUUGCUUCUUGAAUGUUGUGAGGAACUCAUGGCUCCCAAAUGCUCUUGGUAAUCCUAUGAAUUUCCUCUUUACUAAGCUUAAAAGGCUCAAAGUUGCCCUCAAAGAGUUUAACAAUGAAAACUUCAAAAAUCUUCCUACUCAAGUGAAAGUUAAAAGAGCUGAGCUGGAAUUGCAACAACUCCAUACCUUAAAAGGUGAGGAUGGAAUUGAAAAGGAGAUUUUCAUUCAAGAUGAGCUAAAGACUCUUGAAGAAGCUGAAACUUUGUUCCUUAAACAAAAGGCCAAAAUUCAGUUGAUUAAAAAUUGUGAUAAGAACACUAAAUUCUUCCAUUCUAUUCUUUUUUUUAAGAACAAGAGAGACACCAUUCAUGUUCUUAUUGAUGAAGACGACAAUAGUUUAGAAUCUUUUGAUGCUAUGGCUAAGGAAGUUACUACCUCUUUCUCCAACUGGCUUGGAUCUGUUGACAACAGAGUUAAAAACAUUGAUCAUUCUUCCCUUAAAGAGUUAUUGAAUUACUAUCUUCCUUCUGAAGCAGCUUCUGCUCUUGUUAUGGAUAUUACUAAUAAAGAAAUUCAAGAUGCCUUUUUCAGUCAAGGGAAUGAAAAAGCCCCUGGACCUGAUGGUUAUUCUCCUUGUUUCUUCAAGAAGGCUUGGUCUAUUGUGGGAGAAGAUGUCUUAGCUGCUGUUAAGUAUUUUUUCCAUAACAACUACAUGAACCUUGGAUUUAAUUCCACUAUCAUUGCUCUUGUUCCUAAAGUUCCAAAUCCUCGAGUCGUUAAAGAUUUCAGACCCAUCUUGUGCUGUUCAAUCUUUUACAAAGCCAUCACUAAAAUUUUAGUUAAAAGACUGUCUGAAUUUCUCGCUGAUAUUAUCUCUUUAAACCAGACUGCUUUCAUCAAGGGUAGGAGCAUUGUUGAUAAUACCCUUCUCGCUCAAGAAUUGGUUAAAGGAUAUAGUAGGAAAUCAAUUUCUCCUAGAUGCUCCUUGAAGAUUGACCUUCAUAAGGCUUUUGACUCCCUUCAUUGGGAUUUUAUUUCCUUUAUUAUCAAAGCCCUUCAUCUUCCUCCAAGAUUUAUAACAUGGAUUGAGACUUGUUUUACUCAAGCUAGGUAUUCCAUCUCUUUCAAUGGCUCUCUUAUUGGUUAUUUCAAGGGCGCUAGAGGUGAUGAUUUAAUGAUCUUCUGUAAGGGUAAUGUUGACUCUAUUAUGGGUGUCUUAAGUAUUUCUGGUUUCAUAAAAGGCAGCUUACCUGUGAGAUACUUAAGUAUUCCACUUGUUACUUGUAAACUUACUGAGAAGGAUUAUGUUGUGCUUAUUGAUAAAAUUAAACAGAGGCUUCACCAUUGGUCUGCUAGAAAUCUGAGCUACGCUGGCAAACUCGAACUCAUUCGUUCUGUUCUUUUCAACGUCUCAAAUAUUUGGUGCAGACAACUUAUCCUACCUAAUUUGAUUCUCGCUAAAGUGGACCAGUUAUGUUCUGGAUUUUUCUGGAAAUGUAAAGACAAGUCUGCUGCAGGUGCUCGAGUAAGCUGGGAUUUUAUCUGCUUCUCUAAAGCCGAAGGUGGUCUUGGCCUAAAGAACACUAAAAUCUGGAACAUAGCGUGUACUAUUGAUCUUAUUAGGAAAAUCUUAGCGGGUGAUGGCUCGCUUUGGGUAGCAUGGUUAAAUUCUUAUGUUUUCAAAGAUCAAGAUUUAUGGAAUUUUGUUGCAGGUUCUAAUGUGAGUUGGAGUGUCAAUAGAAUAUUAAAAUUGCGUUCUACUUUACUCAGUAUUUUCUCUUCAUCAUGUUCUCUUAGGCUAAGAGACAUUUGGGAAUCUAUCCGAAUCAAAAGGGGGAAAGUUCCCUGGCAGAAUCUUAUCUGGUUUCCCAUGCGCAUUCCUAAAUUCAGUUUGAUUACUUGGAUAUCUUUGUUAAACAGAUUACCAACAAGAGAUCGGCUACUCAAAAUUGGAAUUUCCACAGAAGGUACCUGUGUCAACUGCAGUAAUGAUCAAGAGAUAAGAAAUCAUCUUUUCUGCCAAUACACUCUUGCUGUUCGACUUUGGAGCUCCGUCUUAUCGCUUAAUGGCUUGAAGAAUACAUCCUCCACAUGGGAAGAAAUGGUUACUCGGGCUUCUUCAACUUGGAAAGGGAAAUCCUUGCUCAUUACAAUCCUGAAGAUAUCUUGGACAACCUAUAUUUACGCAUUGUCGGAGGAAAGGAACCGUAGAAUCUUCCAAGGUCGUCACAGAUCAACCGAUGAAUUGCUCAAGGUUAUUAUUGAAGCUGUUCAAAUUCAACUAAAGGGCAAAAAUAUUAAUAGAGCUGAUAGAACUAAUUCAAACCUUUGUAUUGCAUGGGGUAUUACUUAA